GCGGAUUGGCACGGCGCUUCCUGGGUCCCGGGGUGGCGAUGGCGCAGGAUGGCUGGCGGUGGCUGCGCGGGCUGUGGACGGCGGGGCAGCCCCUGUUCCAGGGCCGCGCGCUGCUUGUCACCAACACGCUGGGCUGCGGCGCUCUCAUGGCGGCCGGGGAUGGAGCCCGCCAGUCCUGGGAGAUCCGCGCCCGGCCCGGCCAGACCUUCGACCCGCGGCGCUCAGCCAGCAUGUUUGCGGUGGGCUGCAGUAUGGGCCCCUUCCUGCACUACUGGUACCUGUGGCUGGACCGCGUGCUCCCCGCAUCGGGCCUGCGUGGCCUCCCCAACGUCCUCAGGAAGGUGCUGGUGGAUCAGCUGGUGGCCUCGCCCAUGCUGGGCGUCUGGUACUUCCUGGGCCUGGGCUGCCUGGAGGGCCAGACGCUGGACCAGAGCUGCCAAGAGCUGCGGGAGAAGUUCUGGGACUUCUACAAGGCUGACUGGUGCGUGUGGCCCGCCGCGCAGCUGGUGAACUUCCUGUUCGUGCCCCCGCAGUUCCGAGUCACCUACAUCAACUGCCUGACGCUGGGCUGGGACACCUACCUGUCCUACCUGAAGUACCGGAUCCCAGGUCCCCUGCCACCCCCAGCCUGCGUGGCCCUGGACACCCGCGUGGACUGAGCAAGCCAGCCCGCAGGACAGACGCCAGGGAGCCAGGUGGACCUGCGGGGACCUCGGGAGGUCACCAAGCGCACUGGGCAGCAGGCCAGGGUCCUGGGUCACGACCCAGCCCCACCGAUGUCCGGACACCGAGGCUAAGCGGAGCCUGCCGAGCCCACAGCUGUGCCUCAGUUUCCCCAUCUGGAACACAGCCAGCAGCAUGUGACCGCCCUCCCCAGCCUUUUCCCCCGUAGUCUCAGGUGGCCUGGGACAGAGAUGUCCCGUCCUGAGCCAGGGUCACCACCAGGCCGACCAGCCCCACACUCCAGCCUCGCAUCACUGCCACGGGCCCGGCUCUGGGCCUCUCUAGGGUCCUGGGUCAAGGCAAGGGGACACGGGGUGUCCCAUCCUAGGACGCUCCGCCUGGAGGCAGCCCCAGAACCACCAGCAGGGGAUGGAAGAAGCGCCAUUAAACUCUGCCUUUGCAAGUCUUGUGCAAGAGCUGCGCGGAGGUGGGCGG